AUGGACCUCGACGAAUUCGAGGAGUUCCACGAUUCCCAAGGUGGCGGCGAACAACCAGAAGGAGACAGCAGUACCCCCAGCGACGGCCUUGUGAAAGGGCUCUUGAAGGCGCAUCACUCCGCGAUCGUGUUAACCCAAGCUCCCACAAUCGGAGCUCCCAGCGGAAAUGCGGCCUCGGCCGCUACAGGUGCCUCUGCUGAUUCAGGCCAAGACACCUCAUACAGACGAAAGCCACUUACACUUCCCAUAUGGGAUGGACAACCUCAUACCUUUCAAUUCUACUAUAACAAACUUAUCAAAACAUACAAUGCCGACAUCAAGGCAGGAGUACGCACCGACCGAGAAGCGGCAUGGAUUGAGAUUCUUGACACCUUUCCGCUCGACAAAAAGCAGCAGUUAAAAGGCUUUUGGACCGCCAAAACCGCUAGCGGUGACGACGACCCGGUGGCCCUUCUCGAUCAGAUUCGCAUCAUUUUCGGUGCCUACCAGACGCGCGACUCCGUUCUCGACAAGCUCUUCACAGUCUCGCUCUCGGAUGACUACCGCACCUGUGUAGCCCAGUUACAGUACCAUGCGGCGAAGUAUGAGCAGGCUAGUGAGUUCAAGGAGGAUCACCACAAGUACCUCCGCGGCCAGAGGAAUCGGAGCCGCUCCUCGAAUAAUUAUUACCUUCCAGCAUUGAGCGUUGGUAACACUCAGGAGCCGCAAUCCUAG